UUUUAGUUACUUUUUUAAAACGAUUUUUUAUAAUUCAAAUUUGGCUGGGUGGUUAGGAACACAUUUUUCUGUGGUGGGACAAACUCAGAACACAUUUUAUUGUCACUUGCAAGGACUUUAAGCCGAGGAGUGAGGGAUGGGGGCUUGAGUUACACUAGAUUGCAAAACUUUAUGUCUGAAAUGGUCUUCCUUUCUUGUACUGCCUCUCCGGCACUUAGUGCUGUUAGCCAUAUGAAGCUCGAUUAUAAACUUUAGUCAGAUAUUUUACUGUACUUGGGGGCACACCUAAGGGGACGGAAAACGAAUCAUAGUACGGACGGGGCCAUUUUUUUCUUUCAUUAGAGCUAGGCUACAUUGUGCAAUAAACUAGCUAGUGCUACAACUAGCCAGCAGUGCAACCUAGCUAGCCAGUUAUCUGAGCGACACUGUUAUGCCUCCAUUGUUGUCUUGCAGACGAUAUCGAAAUUCAAUAAUUAGAUCGCCUUAACUUUUAAAGGUUGACACAUCUAAAAAAAAAAAACUAAUUGCGGGCUGACAUGAUUUGAAGAUUUUAAAAGUGACGACUCGUGGUGUGCAGUUAGAGUUAGCACAACAUUGUAGCUAACACCCAUGGCCAAGUGGCUGAAGGACUACCUAAACUUUGGCAGCAGGCGUGACCCCCCUCUGCCCCCCAGGCCAGACUACACGGAAAGUGAGAUCCAGCGGGCCUACAGAGCCCAGAAAGACCUAGACUUCGAAGACCCUUACCAGACCUCUGAGAAGGAGCCCCUUAAUGGCACCUGCAGUGGGACAUUGAGCCUGCCGGCUUUCCCAGCAUUUGGUUCCAUCUUGUCCAACGGCGUGGCGGUGAAGGUGGUGUCACCCAAACAUAGACUCAUCAAAGUGGACUCCCAGGAGUUUGGGCGCUGUAAAAUCCCCCUGAGCACUGUGACCAUCGAGGUUGAACCGGUCAUCCCUUCUGCCCCUGUGGUAGGAGACUCAGACACAGACUACUCUAACCCGUUCGACGCCCGUCCUGACCCGAGGGUGAGAGGAGACUGGGAGCCCAGACCCACACCAGCAGACUGCAGCAGCUACAUGGAACCUUUUGAAGCGCAGAGGGUCAUCACAGAGCCAGGGCCCUCUCAGGUAGAGCUAGAAGGAGGAACAAUUGUGGAAGCACAGAACGAAGGGAAAGAAAGUUACAGUGAGGAUGAGAGAUGCAUGGUGGAAGAAGACAGAAGUCAUAAAAAGGAUGUUGACCCAGACCUCCAGCAUGGCCCUAUGAGCACCAUACCCAUGGUAGGGAAUGGGGAUCAGCUGUAUGACAACCCCUAUGAGGAAAGGACCUGCUACUACCACCGUGGAGCACCACUGCCCCAGCAAGGGUCCGAGGGGCGGCUAGCCCCUGGUGACGAACGGGAAAGCAGGCUGCCUCAGGAUGAUGAAAGGCCUGCAGAUGAGUAUGACCUGCCCUGGGAGUGGAAGAAGGACAACAUCUCUAAAGCCCUUGCAGUGCAGUUUGAAGGGGCUGACCGAUUGCGAGGCCAGCCAGAGCAGGCUUGGCACUCCAGGACUAGCCCCACUGACACAGCGGGCACCUCCAGCCUUCGUAAACCAGGAGAUUCCCUCCCUAUCCUGGGAGAGAGAGUGGACCCGUCCUUGUCCCUGGAAAGACAAGUGUGGUACCAUGGGGCUGUGAGUCGUUCAGAAGCAGAGAUGCUGCUCACACUGUGUAAGGAGAGCUCCUACCUCGUCAGGAACAGCCAGACUUGCCGCAGCGACUACUCUCUCUCCCUCAGGAGCUGUAAGGGCUUCAUGCAUAUGAAGUUCACUCUGUCUGCAGAUGGCCGUUUUGUCCUUGGAGAGAAUAGCCCACCAUUCUCUACAAUACCAGAGGUCAUUCACUACUACACCACCCACAAACUGCCCAUCAGAGGUGCAGAGCACCUGUCUCUGCUCUACCCUGUCAUAGUUCAAACCCUCUGACACAGGCACACAUACACACACUUUCACUGCUACUAAAUAACACAAUGGCUCUCAUUUAUGAAACAACGUACGACAGAAAACAGGUAGUUCGGUCAUUCCAUCCAGGCAAAGCUCGGCAUUUAUCGAUUUGGAUGUGAGAGAAGGCUACGCAAACCUCACGUCAAGUUUCAACUCCUGCAUGCAAGUUUUCAGCAUGGAUUUGUGGUGCAGCCUAGUAAUCUGGCUGAGUUGGAGGAUUAUUUGACCAAAUAUUCUGACUGGCAUCUAAGCAUAUACAGCCAUCACUCAGACUUUUUUGCCAUAACCUACAUAUUUGUAUUUAGUAAAGGCCUGCGUCACCUAUAUGUCAUGUAUCCCUAACAUUAAUAGGAAUUUACUCAUUUGUUUGCAAUUAACUGGGUUAAUAGUGGCCUUUCUUAACAAAGUAGGCUCUGUAAAUGAAAAAUCAAUCGUACACAAAUUAACAGGGUUAAGAUCAAUUUCUCUUUCAUUUUGAGAUGGCUUACUGUGUUAGGCAGGGAUCUUUUUACUGAUAAUGAUUGGUUCAAUGGACUUCAGAAGAGUUUCCAUUUUGAAGUCUGAGAAAUUUCUCUUCAUGGAUGUAUUCUAGAUCUCCAUAUUGUAAACCCUGGAGGUGAGGCCUCUAAACCGAAAGAAUAAAGGGGUGUGCUAUUUCAAUUAAGAUUGUUUUCAGCCGCCACAAUGCUCCUAUCAUUCUUAUGUACGGCGAGAUACGAACGUCUCAUGAGUCAUGUGAACACUGCCGUGGGAUGAUUUAUGUUCACAAAUCUACGCUGGUUUCUACAUUAGAAUUACAUGAGGGCCAAUGAAUCCCUGACUGUUGCCCUUGCUGUCCUGUCAGACACUCUAUGCCAGUCUGUUUGAGAACAGCCCACCUCGAUCAAUCCCAACCGUAUCUAUCCAUGUUUAUGGACUAACAUUGUUACUUGUUGUCGUAUGUUUUUAUUUCAAUGGACACUAAGGAUAAUGGACACUCCAUAAGCUCCAGCACUCAUUGCCACAAAACUAGCAACACUAACCCAAGAUCAUAUGUAAAUCAGUUUGGAUGUGACUGAUUUACCUGAUGGUAUUAUUGUAUACUGUUGUUUGGAAACAGCGCCCCACCCCAUGUUAUCCUGUUUACUUGUUGUCCAUUGACUUCUUCCUUACCCCACAGUGGAGGCCUGUGAAUGUCUGUGCCAUAAAUACAUUGUGAAGUCUUCUCUACCAAGGAAGUCACAGAGUGUACUAAAUUUCAAAGCCACACCGAAAAGGUACCAUGUUCAGCAGGAGAGCUUUCUUAUAGGGCAGCCCAGAGAGCAGUGAGAUGUAUUGCAGUGUUCUAGAAAAGCCAAUUUCAUUGCUUUAUACUCAUAAUGAUAUAUGAAAAAGCAGAGGUAGAUUAUUUACUGUGCGGUUUCUAUAAAAUGCUGUUUUUGUAAUAUGCAAAUAAAAUGUGAUUUUUUGUUU